AUGACUACACCAGAAGACAGGAACGGGGCUUCCUCAGGAACUUCUUAUACAAGCCCGGAAAGCACCAUGUCUUUCAGAGAUAGCAGAAGUGGCUUCCUUGGACCGACGAGCUACAGCGCCGUCUACACUGAGAACUCCAAUAUCUUAGCGACGCCGGAUGUUGAGGAUGCGCCUGACUUACCUGCCAAUUUCUCCGCCGACAAGAUACAACAAGGCGCCGAGGUCCUUUCCAUGCUGCGAGAUAUUCCAGUGUACCGAAGAUUCACCGAAAGAUGGUUUGAACUUUGCGACGGCAUAGUGGUGAUUCAACCAGUCUUUCGGAUUUGGAUCGACGAGUUGUGGAAUGCCUUCGGUCAGAUCCUAUCAGACGGCAAGCCCGACCAACUUCGAGGCCUUUCGGAGCUGGUCUGGCGCAAUACUAGACGACCAAUGAAAUUCAAUGGAAACAUGACUGCGCGCGAGUGGGCAGAAUCAGCCUCUGGACAUAGCUUGAGAUGGGAAGUCGUCGGUGUAGUCCUGUCACUUGUCGGGUUGAUCGCCGUGAACCUGAGCAAUUGGGACUCUAUCUUUGAUUCCAUCCGGGAGAGAUUCGUUGACAGGUAAGAUCGGAUCGUCUACUGCGUGGUUCAGUAGCUUGCUAAUACACCUCAGGGCUACUUUUGCCGAGCGCAUGCGGAAAGCCUCGGAGUUCUGCCUUUGCUUUUGCUAUGAGUGCGAGGUCUUGAACGACGUCUAUGUCGCCUUCAUGUUUGAGGACUUGGUUCUCGUGGAAAGUUUAAAGGGAGAUGCUCAUUAUGCCGCGUGGCAACGAACAGGAGAGGUGUGUGACGCAAUCGUCGCAAUGGUAGGUGACAACUGCAUGCUUUGAGAUAUCACAGGCGUUUCGCUUUCACGAAGAUCUUAGUGCAUCAUAGCAGACCGGCUGACACUGUUCAGGGCCUUCACCAAGGAAAUCGGGCCGACUCCGAAACGCCAUUCUUUCUUGCGGAACUACGAAAGAAGAUUUUCGUGGUAAGUCGCCGAUUGAGUGAAGGUUACAAUCAUUGCUGUAUCUAAGGUGAUUUUGUUUAGAUGACCUACGGGCACGACAAGUCGGUAGCAACUUUUCUUGGCAGACCACCAAGACUCAGUCACCGAUAUUGCAAGAUGGAAGCCCCUCUCGACCUAUCUGGUGACGAGCUGUUCCUGGAAGGGCCAGAACUGGAGAAAGUGCUUUCGAGUCUGGAUGGGAAUGGGUGGAACACCAAGGGAAAUCUCCAUCGCACAACAUGGAAUCGGGUUUGGUUCCAGCACUGCCGCAUACGAGAGGAUAUCUUGGAAAUCGCACUUGGAUCAGAAGAAGGAGAGGAUAUCACGCUGCGAGCUGAACAAGUCCGCCGAAAGAUGGAACGCGUGCAUUGCUCUAUGCCGGAUUUCAUGCGAGUGACCCCAGAACAGAUCCUAGGCAACAGCGACAUGAUUUUCGGUGUGGCGUAUCCUAUGGGCAAGAAUGAAAAGGCUAUGCGCUUUGUCAAUGGCAUCUUCGUGAUAUGCAUUCAUGUUGGCAUAAUGCACACCGAGUUCUUGUUGCAGAGAGCGCUGACAACGCGGCUUCGAACGGACACGAAGCAACUCAUUCCGAUCGCACGACGUAUGCUGAAGCUCGUACUGUUGGCGCAAUCCCGGAGAGAUUUCUUCCGAGACUUCCAAGGCGAUCUGAUCUAUCUCCUCACUCUACACGUAAGUAUGCGACCCAACACUGAAGGCGAUCACCUGCUAAUGGUAUGCUCUAGGGUCUCCCAGCCGCAGGUGUUCUAGCAGUGGAAAUGCUCAAACAGGAGCAGACAAAGCAAUACACACCUGACGUAUUGCCUCGUUCGGAGACAGUACAAGACCUGAGCGUCUUCAUCUCCGCUUUGGCUGCCGUAGGACCCGGUGAAGGGAACUUUUCCAUCUGCGAUCAAGGCCGAAGAGCUUUGAAGCGAGUCCUAGAUCAGAUAUUGUCGCCGAGCCAGCAUCCUGCGCCGCCAAGGUCGGCAUCUGGAGAAGCGGGUGUCUUUACUGAUUACUUCCCAAUAGGUAACGAUGCGGACUUCCUUCAAUGGCUGGAUAACGUCGAGUGGGACAAGAAUCACUGGAUCGAUCCGGCUCUUGUUGCCCAGGGCGAAGCGGACGGAUGA